UAACGCUAUGAUAGGUUUUUAGAAUGAGUCUCUGAUCUCUCUGGUUCACCUCCAUUCGUUAAAUAUUUAUUCUUUUGUCAUCUGAUUGAUGCGAUCUUUGCAAUGGUUUUUUUUCUCGUGGAUCUGUUUAUCGAAGAUAUUUUCAUAUUUCUUUUCCAUUUGGUCGUUCUGGUUGCAGUCCUUUAUUAUCUUGUUUUCCUUUUCAAGUUUUUCUUAAUUUUGUUACUAUUUUCGCUUAUCUUUCAUUUAUGAUGAUUUUUCUUCAGUGAAUAAGAUCCGCUGUGCGCGUGUCCCGUGCUCUUCUCCAUCCGGUUUCAAGCAGAAAGGCGAAAGUUAAACACUUUGAAAGAAUAAAAACAAAUCAAGGGUUAAAAAAAAAAAACCCUAAAAGUUGCUGCCUCCAAUCCCAAUGGAGGUGAAUCUGUGGAACGACAAGCGUGAGCGGGAGAUGUACGACAACUUCGCAGACCUCUAUGCCAUCAUCAAGGUCACUGAGAAGCUCGAAAAGGCCUACGUUCGAGACAUCAUUUCCUCAGCGGCAUAUGAGCCCGAGUGCCUCAAGCUUAUUGCCCAAUUCAAGACCUUGACUUCCACACUCAAGGACACGGUUCCCAGCGUUGAGCGCUUCGUGGACACCUACAAGAUGGAUUGCCCUGCUGCCCUUAACCGCCUCCUAGUCUCCGGAGUCCCUGCCACGAUUGAACACAGAGCUGCUGCUGCUGCUUCUUCUACAACAUCGGCAUCCGUCGUUGCUGAGUGUGUGCAGAAUUUUAUCACCGCAAUGGACUCAUUGAAGCUUAACAUGGUUGCAGUUGACCAGGUUUACCCCUUGCUUUCUGAUCUUUCUGCCUCUCUUAACAAGCUCAGUAUCUUGCCCCCUGAUUUUGAGGGGAGGGUCAAGAUGAAAGAGUGGAUUUCGAGGCUCUCAAAGAUGGGGGCUGCUGAUGAACUGACAGAGCAGCAGUCGAGACAAUUGCACUUUGACCUAGAGUCGUCUUAUAACUCGUUCAUGGCUGCCUUGCCUAAUGCUGGCACCUGACUUUCGCAUAAGCUUGUAAGUAUCAUGGUUGCAGAUUGGCUAUUUGUAGAUACACUACUGAAGUUGGAAAACUUAGAGUUGGAUAUGCACAUUCAGAGGGCAGUCUCAAGCCAUGGUUGACGAUCUUGCAGGUGUAAUCAUGUAAUCCAUUGUAGUUAUUAUUAUUUGGUUUGUUCGACGUUUAAUGAAAAACAAUCCGUUGUUGGUAUCUUUUGACUGCCCUCUGUGGAUCUCUGUAGUCUCUGUUAGAAUUGUGAUACAUGUAUUGUUUUUUUGGUAACAACUGGUAGAUGUGUGAAGAGGCUACUGUGUAAAAAGCUUUUCAUAAAGGCAUUUUCUCCUUGUUUC